CGACUCCUCUCGUGGCCUGGCCGGCCUGGGCUCGGGGGCACCGGGCUCUGGGUGCGCGGACCGGGCUAGGCUGCUUGAAGGUGGGUGGGCUGGCCGCACCGCCUCGCCCUGCCUCAGUUUCCCCUUUCUGAGACCUCUCGACCUGUGUGAGCAGAGCCGUCCUGCGCCACCAUGUGCAUCAUCUUCUUUAAGUUUGAUCCUCGCCCUGUUUCCAAAAAUGCAUACAGGCUCAUCUUGGCAGCCAACAGGGACGAAUUCUACAGCCGACCCUCCAAGUUAGCUGACUUCUGGGGGAACAACAACGAGAUCCUCAGUGGGCUGGACAUGGAGGAAGGCAAGGAAGGAGGCACAUGGCUGGGCAUCAGCACAUGUGGCAAGCUGGCAGCGCUCACCAACUACCUGCAGCCGCAGCUGGACCGGCAGGCCCGAGGGCGAGGUGAACUUGUCACUCACUUUCUGACCACUGACGUGGACAGCUUGUCCUACCUGAAGAAGGUCUCUAUGGAGGGCCAUCUGUACAAUGGCUUCAACCUCAUAGCAGCCGACCUGAGCACAGCAAAGGGAGACGUCAUUUGCUACUAUGGGAACCGAGGGGAGCCUGAGCCCAUCAUUUUGACGCCAGGCACCUACGGGCUGAGCAACGCGCUGCUGGAGACGCCCUGGAGGAAACUGUGCUUUGGGAAGCAGCUCUUCCUGGAGGCUGUGGAACGGAGCCAGGCACUGCCCAAGGAUGUGCUCAUUGCCAACCUCCUGGAUGUGCUCAACAAUGAAGAGGCGCAGCUGCCAGACCCAGCCAUCGAGGACCAGGGCAGGGAGUACGUGCAGCCCGUGCUGAGCAAGUAUGCAGCUGUGUGCGUGCGCUGCCCUGGCUACGGCACCAGAACCAACACCAUCAUCCUGGUAGAUCCGGACGGCCACGUGACCUUCACUGAGCGUAGCAUGAUGGACAAGGACCUCUCCCGCUGGGAGACCAGAACCUACGAGUUCACACUACAGAACUAACACCACCUCUGGGCGUGGCCAGUGGGCUCCUGGGGGGCCCUGCCUUGAGGGAAACCUUCCUUGGCCAUACUGCAUUGCACUGCCCGUGGCUUGGCCAGCAUCCCCUGGAUCAGGACCCUAUGGUUUGCGUGUUACCUGUCUGUGUCCCCAUGCCCAGCUCAGGGUCUGCCUUUAUGCCAGUGGGGAGCAGCAGAGUCUGACACCAGGUCUAGGACUGGCGCAGGUACACCAUGAACAUGUGGACACACCUGAGCCCACUCUUGCACAUGUACACAGGCACACACACGGCACACCCAUACACUCCUGCACGUGCACAAGCACACACACGCAAGGCAUAUAUACACGGACACCAACAUAGGCACAUGCACAUGUACAUGCAUAGGUUUACUACACAUGUGCACACAUGCACAGUUGCACAGACAUGCACACACACGAUGCCAGACAAGGCAGAAAGGCAACUCUCACUUCUCAUGUGCUUCUGGCCAGUGGGCCUUUGUUCUAGUCCGAUGACAGGAGUAGGCUUGUAUUUAAAAGCGGCCCCUCCUCUCCUGUGACCACAAAGCACAAGGUGUGCUUGAAUUCUUGACAAGCAGGCCUGCUUCUGCAGAGGAGACAGCCACAUUUGGAAUUGGGCACAAAGAAGACCUGAGAAAAACCCACUCUCUUUUUUUUGAGAUGGAGUCUUGCUCUAUUGCCCAGGCUGGAGUGCAGUGGCAUGAUCUCAGCUCACUGCAACCUCCACCUCCCAGGUUCAAGCGAUUCUCCUGCCUCAGCCUCCUGAGUAGCUGGGAUUACAGGCAUGUGCCACCACGCCCAGCUAAUUUUUGUAUUUUUAGUAGAGACAGGGUUUCACCAGGUUGGUCAGGCUGGUCUUGAACUCCUGAUAUGGUGAUCCACCUGCCUCGGCCUCCCUAAGUGCUGGGAUUACAGGCGUGAGCCACCACGCCUGGCCGAAAAACCCACUCUUAUAACAGCAGUGCAGACUCAUUGCCAGAUUCAGUGCCCCUGAGUGUGCCAGGGUCCUUUGUGUUUGGGACAAUCCUGUGUGUGCCAGGAGGCUCCGUGUGCACCAGGGGCUCUCAGAUUCCCGCUUACCCAGCUGGAGGCCAUGGCCCUGGCAGCCCCAUCUCAGCCAGCCCUGCUCUCUCCCUCCUCCCACCAGGUGGGGCAAUCUUCAUAGGAACCUGUACCCGAAUGUGAGCUGCUGAUAAUAAAACUCUGAGGCUUUGGUGAGCGCAUUUCGAGGCCUUUCCCUUGUGUGCAGGGUGCCAGUGGGAGCUGUUGCGUCUCCCAUGCAGCCAGACACUCUGGACAAGGCCCUUCCCACCUCCCCCUUUCCUCACGGCUUCUUCAGUGCCACUUGUGGAUGCCUGCGGGUCAGCCCAUCUGUCCUUGGGCACAGGCUGCCGUGAGAGACCCCAUGUGCGUGGGAUGUGGUAGAUGCCGGUUAUGGGGCCAGUCACCCAUACAGGUCCAUCGGGUCGCUGUGGAGGCCCCACUGGAGGGGGAGGCAGGCUGGCCUGGACUUCUGUUGGAUGGUGGGGGCCAGGGGAUGGUAGGAAGGGCAGGAGAGCAGGUCUGCAUCUGUCUCAGCCCCAGGAGCUCCUGGUUUGGGGCCAGCUCUAAGGAGCUUGCAUACCUGGGCCUGGCCGACUGUAAGGGGGUCCUGAAUAUCCAAUGCUGAGACGCAGACUUUUUAAAGCCUCUGGGCUUCCUGGCCUGAUUGUGACAUGAUGCAAGUCCACCUAGGGAGGAGCAGGGACCUCCCCGUCCCUUCCCUUUCCUGCCAGGACUACUCUGCUGGGCUUGGAGCCCUCCAUGGCUCAUUUUGAACUCAGAAGAGUUUCCCAGCUGCGAUCCAGGCUACACCCUCAGGCCUGAGGAGAAACUGAGGCCUCAAGUCCCAUACGUGUCCUCUGAGUCAGGACAACUGGCUCCCGGCUGGGGGCACUGCCCUUGCUGCUAACACAUUCACCUGCCCCAGUGGCCACCGUGUCCUGUGCUGGCGACCAGCACCAGCACCCAACCUGGAUGGCAUCCUGCCCUCAUGAAGAGCCCCCCGGAUGUUUACCUCUGCCCAGAGACCUGGCCUGCCCAGGAAGAGCAGUCUCUGCUCUUGCAUGGGUCCCUCUGCCCCCACCCUGCCCAGGGCUCCCCAGUAGCCUGAGCCCCUAAGGAAGCACAGCCCUCAAUGGUGAUUCUAUUGGUGUUAUGAGUGGUGUCCCCCAAAAAGAUAUAUCAGUGUCCUGACCCACAGUACCUCAGAAUGUGACUGCAUUUGGAGAUAGAGUUUUUCUGGGGAUAACCAAGGUGGAAUGAGGUCAUUAGUGUGGGCCCUAAUCCAACACGACGGCUAUCCUUAUAAAAAGGGGAAGACUUAGGCUGGGUACAGUGGCUCAUGCCUAUAAUCCCAGCACUUUGGGAGGCUGAGGCAGGAGGAUCGCUUGAGCUCAAGAGUUUGAGACCAGCCUGGGGCAACAUGUCGAAACGCUGUUUCUACCAAAAAAAAA